AUGUCGGCGAGUGCUCGACGCCUUGGGGAGGAAGCCGAUCGAGCGUACGCCAUCCAGGUGGCGGCUGGUACCAAGGUUCCUUCAGGUCCCCUCGACUUAACGUCUCAUGGCAACUCAUGUCUUCCUUGUGCCCAGUCAGCCGCCGUGUAUGGGGUGUUGGGUUUUGGGGCCGUCACCAUUGCCCAUUACACAUGGCCAUUCUUCAGGCAUCAAACCCUGGCGUUUAAAUCUUUCUUAGUUUCCACAUCUAUGGUGUUCGGCCUUGCUAUCGGAGCUGAUAGCGCCCUCCUCUCGCACGAAGCGGAGCGGCGUCGCUCCGAGAAUGCAGUUCGCCGGCAGGCCGUUUUAGAGCUCUCUCGGCGUGGUAUGGUACCAACUGAAACGGCUAUUGCCAAGUGGCGAGCCGACAAGGCACAGUAUUCCUCAGCUAACAGGGAUGAAAUGGGUUAA